UGCUUAACUAGAAGCGGACGGGCUGGCAGUGAAAGUAACAUUGUGCUGGUGGCUUCGUUUUAAUAACUUCAUGAACGCCGAACAACAUCGACUAUCUGGUCCGUGAGGGCAGAAGAGGCUCUGCGAAGACUGCUGUAGAUAUAAAGUCACCUAUAAAGAAAAAGGACAGCGGCUGAGCCAGUGGAUCCGGUGGCAUUUAACAUGAGGUUAUUGUUCAACAACAUCGAAACUCUUUUUCCUGUAAACUAGCUGUGUUGCUGUGAAAGCUAUAUGCUAUUAUCCUGGCCAUGCUGGAAAAACUACGCUAAAUGUGUCCUUGGAUAUGUGAAGGGUUCCAUGUGAUGGUGUGAGGAUGGGACAGGCUGGUGUUGGAAGUGACCGCAGCCCUGGAGGCUGAUGAAACGGCUCCAUCGGCCAGUCAGGAUGCACAUAGCUUCAGUGGGUGUCAGCAAGUUCUGCUUCCUGUUUUCCCUCGCAUUCUGCGGCCUCCUGCUUCUGCUCAUCCCUGCCCUCCAGCCCCCAGCGCGCAAUGUGGACCUACCUCAGCCUCGACCCCAAGUCAGACCUGCACACGGGGACCCAUCGCACCAUGCCAGGGUUCCAGGAGAUUCGGUCCACGCAGGGGAAACUGGCUCUGCCCCAGAACUAAACCGGAGCCCAACAGGGCAGGGGAGAUCCAUCAAGACUGACAAGAAUGAUAUCUAUACCCCGAAGAGGGAAAUGAACUCCAAAAGAGUGGCUCUCCCUGGAGGAAAGGAUGGUAGACUUUUAGGGUCCAGGUCACGGGACCUGUUGGAGUCUAAGGACAUUUUUAUUGCAGUGAAAACGACCAGAAAAUACCACAAGUCCAGACUGGAGCUGCUGAUCCAGACCUGGGUUUCCCAAGCUAAAGAACAGACCUACAUAUUUACUGACGGUGAGGACAAGGAGCUACAGAUGAGAACAGGAGUUAACAUCAUCAACACCAACUGUUCAGCAGCUCACACUCGACAGGCUCUGUGCUGCAAGAUGUCUGUGGAGUACGAUAAAUUCAUCGAGUCUCAGAAAAAGUGGUUCUGUCAUGUGGAUGAUGAUAACUAUGUGAUCCUGCCCAGCCUGCUGCGGCUGCUCUCCUCCUACCACCACAGCCAGGAUGUGUACCUGGGCCGGCCCAGUCUCGAUCAUCCUAUAGAGGCUGCAGAGAGGGUCAAGAGUGACGGAUCGGUGUCUGUCAAAUUCUGGUUUGCCACAGGGGGAGCAGGUUUCUGUAUCAGUAGAGGCCUGGCACUAAAAAUGAGCCCAUGGGCCAGUUUGGGGAAUUUCAUCAGCACAGCAGAGAAGAUCCGACUUCCGGACGACUGCACAAUCGGCUACAUCAUCGAAGCGCUGCUAGAGGUCACCCUAACACACACACACCUCUUCCACUCACACCUGGAGAACCUGCAGAAGCUGCCAACUGACACCGUGCUGGAGCAGGUGACUCUGAGCUUUGGAGGCUUUGAGAACAGAAGAAAUGUGGUCAGUGUUGCUGGAGGCUUUUCACUGAAUGAAGACCCCACAAGGUUUAAGACCGUGCACUGCCUUCUGUAUCCAGAUACUAACUGGUGUCCAAAGCUGGAACAUCGCCGCAUAAACUGAAAGCCACUGUUUUUAUCCCACUGAUGCCUGGUAAACAUUUAUCCCACUGCCUAUCCCUAGGCUUUGAUCAAGCUACCUUUAGAUGGAAAAAAUAUGUCAUGUCGCACAUGAUAUUUGGUGGUUGUCUGACUUCAUGCUUUAUGAAUGCAGUGCUAGUGGUAGUUUUUCACACCACUCAGAGGCAGAACUAUUCAACAGGCAAAAUCUAUAUAACUCAAUCUAAAUAUGUGGAGCCAAAGAAUGACAUUUUCUGGUUACUGGAGCAGGUAAAGCCACAUUUCCCCCAACAUAGAUGUUUUAGAGUUGAUUAUAAACGCUAACCCCAACACAGCAGGCUCUUUGACAAUUUGACCAUUAGGUAGUAAUGUCUCAACAUAGUUCUGAAGAAAACACAUUUUUAAAGACAUUUUCCCAAGUUAAUAAUGGGAGGUUUUCCCAUUCAUCUGCCUCUGUCGCCAUCUGCAACAUCAGAGUUUCUAGUAUAUACUUUACAGCUGUAGUCAGGAGCCAACACCAUGCCCUAGAUGCUGAAGUGGCCCAAUAUCAAAAACACCAUGCCGCUUUGCUUGUGCUGCCUUUACGCCCCUCCUAAAGUUAAAUAUGCGUCUUUUGUCUUUGAGCUGUUUUUAGAUAAAACAGAUUUUUUCAUUGAAAUAAUUCAGCCGGUAGAAUUUCAAUCCCAUAUAAAUUUAAAUGGCAAUUCUCACCCAUUUAUUACCUCCAUCUGGAACCUCGGCCACCCCACGAAGUGUAUAUUAGCACACUUGGUUCUCCACUGGAUAAGGUAACCCACAGUUGAUAGAGCCAGGAAGUAGGCAAUAGUUCAGUAGUGCCAGUUUUGCCGGACUCUGAUGCCCUGAAAGUUUUAAUAAGUUCUUACGAAUUCCCUUUAAGCUUGAUUUUGCUUUUAUAUCGCAAUGUUGGGCUCAAAGUACGAGUUUCAACUUUUCCUUCUUCCUGACUUUAUCAUUGGCUUAAUGAAAGAAAUUCUCUGGGUCCAUCUACUGGGGUUUUACCUUCCAUGAGAAUAGCAAAGUGACCUAGAUUACUGGUCAAGGCUACAGACGUAAUAAUCUAAAGAAUAUCUUCUUUGGUAUUUAUGUUUGCCAGAUAACUAACUUGUACUUUGAAUUCUCUCGGCUCAUCUAAUUAUAACAUGGCAGUUCCAUGCUUCUUCACUGAUUAGAGAUCCAUUUCAGGCGUCUACUCCAUUAUUACUCUUUUUCGGUGCUUGUGAACCUGUUUGUCUUUCCACAGGCUCUAGAGCUACUAUUACAUCACUGCUAACGUCUAGAUAUGUCUCCGCCCUCUCAGCAAAUAUAACAACAUGUCUCUACAACACAUCUGUCCUGCUCAUUUUGAUCACUAUGGAUGCCGAAUACAUUCUUAUGAACACUGAACGCAAAAUGUCAAUGUUGGACUUUGUUGUAAGCUAACGCUAGUCCGCUAAUUUUAGCAUGCUAUCGAUCGCCCGGUAACGUUAGCACGCUAGCUCACCCGUAUCAAUCACAUUGCAGUUAAACAAAUCAAGUAAAUGAAUGAUACAUGUUUUAGUUGGUCUCUCAACGGCACUGAGUUGGUCUUGUUGGUCAGAUAAUCCCGCCCCCAGCGCCUGACGUAGCAGUUCCCAGUACAAGACCAGCAAAGACUUGGUGCCCCUUUUGAACCAGUUUUCCCGGCCGGGAGCCGGUUCUUUGACGAUGGAAAACCAAAGAACCGUUCGCAAUUGGGCACUGGACGGGAACUGGCUCUGGUAGAUAAGGGGUGUAUGUGAAGGACCCCACAGUAUUAAAAUUGCAUUGAGUUCUUUACUUUGAGUUUUAAUGAAAGGCCUUUCUGUCUGUCGGCAACAAACCCCUGACUGACUCAUAGUGUGAGUCACAUCACCACUUAAUUCUUUCACUGUUCACAUUCUAGAGUCAGAACAAAAUCAAGAUCAUUUCUUCAGAAUCAAAGAUUUUUUUUAGGUACUUUUAAUGUUUUACGAAGAUGUUCUGUUUGUUUGUAUUUUUUUUUUGGUCUCAAACAUGAACUCUACUGAUGUUUGAUAUGACCAGAAAUGAUUAAAAGCUCUGUGGAAGCUUUGUAUGCCAUGUGGGCACACUUUUAUUUCAGUGCUGUGAUUGUUCUGAUGCCUUUUGUAUUCUCCGCUAAAAGCCUUCUUCUUGUAUUAGCCCAUUUUUAACAGGCCUGUCUUGAUGGUAUUGCACUACUCUGAUUUUGUCACUCUGAUGUAUGUACUUACAUGUUACAGUGUUGGUGUAAAUAUGAUUGAAUUUUAUUUUGAACUUUCUUUGCUUAGGUUGUAGUUUUAGCUCUGCACACACUUCUUUAACGCAGAGCUACUCUGGAGGCAGACAUAACUAGUUUGUUGGAGUUUGUGAAGCCAAAGAUAUUUCAACCACUUUGCCGUGACAUUUGGUGUGAUUAUUCAUGGUCUCCAGAGGAUUUUGCAUUUUGGUGAUCAGCACUGUUCACAUAUUUGCUUGUGUACAACGUGGAUUACUGGGGGUUUCUCUAGAGGGCACACCAGAGGAGUUACACCGUAUUGAAGUACCGGAUUUAAAGGAUCUAAAUGACAAACAUGGCAACACUUAAGGAGGUUAGUAUACAGUUAUUUCUGAGAUCACAGCAGAACAAGUGACACUGGCCCCAUAUUGCAGAUGCACGUUGGACAUUGACACUUUUCAUGUGUGUAUUGAUUCUUGUUAGUGUUGCUUUCUGGCAACAUGCACAACCAUCCUCCAAACAUACGCGAGGCAGCAAUCAUAUGCACGUUAUUGCCUAGUUAACAGCCAGUAUAUCCACUAAACCUACCUGAGCAAGAAGCUUUCUCUAGAAGUUAACUGAAAAAGAUGCUUCCUGGAAACAACACCCCCCUUAUUUACGCAAGACCACUUUUCAUCCUUCUACGCUGAAACUAAACUGCUUCUUUGGCUACACUGUAUUCACACCAACCAGCAACAGUAUUUCUGCCUUUAAAAAGUAUUUGUGUAAAACACUUGUCUACCUUUUUGCACACAAAACUAGAAUCCAAAAUCCAGAGCACGUGUUCCACUGCAGGUCAGUGGUUGAGACUGAGUGAGAGUGUUUUUGUAAACCCGUUACCACUUAUGUAUUAUGGUGAUGUUUCAAUAACAAUAAAAACCUUUCUGC